AUGGCGCCCACAGUGUCCGCCUUGUCACAGACUCUCCAGUCUCUGACGCUCAGCAAAAUCCGGGAGCUUGAGAAGCGACGCAAGAGUUAUGACAUGCGGAAGGUAGCCAUCCUAGAGGCGGCUGAUGCUUCUCAGGAUCCUUGGCAGCGACUCCAGUACCUUCUUAAAGGUACUUUGGAGCUAUACCCGGCAGCAGCUACCGACUCGACAGUGGUCAACAUUGAGCGCUGGAUUCACCAGUCGACCUACGACUCUUCCAUUGCACCGAAAAUUCUGGCGGAAUUCGAGACGGAGCUUCGGACAAAACUCGACGUUCAAUCUCGGAAGCUUGCCCUCGCGGACCUGUACUCUCGGUUGCUGACAGAGUGGGUCGACCCUCCUAGUGGUAGACAGGAAGGCUCAAGCACGCCAGUGGAGGAUGACUACAUGGUUGUCGAUGAGCGACAAAAGCAGCGCUUGCAGCAACUAUGCGAUCAGUUCGAUGAGUCCGUCUUCCAGCCUUUGGAGACAGAUGAAGCGCAGAUUCGCACAUUCCUUGAUGGCUUAUUCCCGGAUGAUGAGAGUAAAAAGGCUCUACAGGAGCUCCGGAAAGAGAUCGAAAGCAAGGCUUCAUCGCUGUGGUGUGAGAAAGAGCCAUUCAGUGCGGACUCUGUGGCAGACUGUAUACAUGGACUCUUGAACCAAGACCUCCUCAGUGAGGAGAAGCGGGUCAUCAUGAAGUCAUUUCUGAAGACCCCGGUGGCGUUGACAGAGAUCGCCGAUGUGUUGAAUAUGAGAUACGGUGACAUCGAAGGCUGGGAUUGGAAUGCUGGGAUAGAAGGCAUUCCCGUGAUUCCCCGACAACAAGCGAAUGGCAAAUAUCGCAUUUGGAUGGACGAUGACCUGCUCCAGCUUAUCUUCGUGCAAUAUAUUGGAACACGGCUUUGUAAUCUGUUGAAAGCUUCGUUGACGCAAUUCAUCAGAUCGGAAUCUGUGUGGAGCUGGGCCUGCGGGCCUCAGAUGACGGAGCGCGAUCGCCUUCGAAACGAGUACUAUACAACUGGUAGUGAUGAAAAUUCCACUGCUGAGCGACUGCGGAAAGAGGAGUAUCUGGACACAUAUUUUUUGUCGCAGCUUCCAAAGUCCGAGACUACAUUAGGCGAGGACGGCAACUCGUAUGACGAGGGUGCAGAUGAUGAGGGACAUCCGAUGAUAGACGAACAAAAGAACUUUCGACAGCUCCUGCUCCGUAAGAUCGCCACAGAGGCCCUCCUGCAUCGACACAUGCAUGGGGCAGCGGUGGUGAUCCAAUCCGAUAUGAAGUGGUAUGCCACCUGCCUCCCCCAUGGAACCAUUAUUGCCGUCAUGAAAUACGUCGGGUUUCCACCGGAGUGGAUCGGCUUCUAUCAUCGCUAUCUGGCAGCACCUCUCAACAUGGACGACUCUUGCGAGGGACGGGAGCCCAUUGGACCUCGCAUCCGAAAACGGGGAAUUCCGUUCUCUCACGCCUCAGAAAAGCUGUUGGGAGAGAUGAUCCUUUUCUUCAUGGAUUUGACAGUGAAUCGCGCGACGGGAAUGCUCCUGUACCGUCUGCAUGAUGAUCUAUGGCUCUGCGGUGAGCCAUCCAAGUGUGUGCGAGCGUGGGACGUGAUGCACCAGUACGCCCGGGUGACAGGGUUGGAGUUUAACCACAGCAAGACCGGAUCUGCCUAUCUAGCCGGGUCCAGAGACCCUCACAUCGCGGCCGAAUUACCCAAGGGUUCAGUUACGUUCGGUUUCCUCAAGCUCGACGCGGACACAGAGACAUGGGUGAUCGAUGAAGAGCCGGUCGAGGCGCAUGUCCAGCAGCUCAGGCAGCAGUUAGAGCGCUGCGACAGCGUCAUUUCUUGGGUCCGUACCUGGAACAGCUGCAUCGGGCGGUUCUUCAAGAACACAUUUGGCCAGCCGGCGUAUUGCUUUGGGGAGCCCCAUGUGCAUGCCAUCCUGACCACGUACAAGAAUAUUCAGCGCACGAUCUUUGGAAACCCAGAAACGGGCGGCAUCAGCAUUCAACAUCACCUGCGUGCCAUGAUAACGUCACGCUUUGGCGAAAUCGACAUCCCCGAUGCUUUCUUUUUCUUCCCCGAGCAACUGGGGGGUCUCGGCCUGCGGAAUCCGGUCAUAUCCGUGUGCUUGGUGGAAAGGACCAUGAGCGGCCCGCCCUUCAAGAAAAUCCAGGAGUUCUUCGAGCAAGAAAGAACGUUGUAUGAUUCCGCAAAGAAGGCAUUCGACAUUCUCAGCGACAAGCAGCGGCGUCAGCGGCGGGAGGGCUACGCUGCCGAUGACGAGCUGGAACAGCCUUUGAUCAAUGCCAAUGAAGCGAAUACGUUCAUGUCGUUUGCAGAAUUCACCCGAUUCCGUGAAUCCCGAAGCCCCGAGUUUAGUAAAUUGUACACAGCGCUGAUGCAACUCCCAUUAUCCAAGGGUAUUCGCCGGACGAGGCAGGUUGAUGAUGCCCUGCGUCAUGCUCUAAAUCAGCAGCAAAUCCGUGGGUUAAGCGGAGAGGAGCGGUGGAGCUUGGAGUUAUAUGUGGGGGAGGUGGUGAGGACGCUUGGGGGUGUCAACCUGGUGGACCAAAAGUUCCUACCUGUGGGGGUCUUGGGGAUGGUGAAGGAGAAGCCCGUCAAGUGGCAGAUGGUGCUCUGA